CGUGAGAAUCAAGAACGAUGAUUCCAGUAUAAAAAGGAAUCAAUGUCUAAUUGCCAGUAUCAGUUUCAUCCUUUCAGUUAACCAUUGAUUACAGUAUUGUUAAUCGCCGCUAAAACAAAAUGUUCAAGAUUAUCUGUCUUCUGGUUGUGGUUGUUGUUGCCACGGUAUCCGGCGACCCUCAACCAAAUUUUGUGGCCUAUAGUGCACCACUGAUUGCAGCGGCCCCAGCAGCUGCCGUUUACGAGCGGACAUAUCAUGGAAACAUCGCACCUCUGGCGGCUUAUGCCGCAGCUCCCUACAUUGCUGCCCCAUUGGCUUAUUCCGCUCCUUAUGUGGCGGCACCAGCUCCAGUCCUUCUGAAGUAAACAACUGCAAUCCAGUUACCCUGUACAUACGAUCCUGUGUUAGUCCUCAUACCAAUAGAUCAGUGAUAUCUCUUUUCUGAUAUCGCCAUACAUAGUUAUUUAUUUCAUCGAAAUACAAAUAUGCCUGCAAUCUGAA